AUGGCGCGGCCGGUCCGGGGAGCAUUUGGGGCCCCGCGCCGCUCACCCUGUCUUCUUCUGUGGCUGCUGCUGCUGCUUCGGCUGGGGCCGCCGACGGCGGCGGCCGACCCGCGACCGCCCUGCGCUGCCGCCUGCACUUGCGCCGGGGACUCGCUGGACUGCGGCGGGCGCGGUUUGGCGGCGCUGCCCGGGGACCUGCCUGCCUGGACGCGGAGCCUAAACCUGAGUUAUAAUAAACUUUCUGAGAUUGACCCUGCUGGUUUUGAGGACUUGCCAAAUCUACAGGAAGUGUACCUCAAUAACAAUGAGCUGACAGCUGUGCCGUCCCUGGGUGCUGCUUCAUCUCACAUUGUCUCUCUCUUCCUGCAGCACAAUAAGAUCCGCAGUGUGGAGGGGAGUCAGCUGCAGGCUUACCUUUCCUUGGAGGUGCUGGACCUGAGCUCGAACAACAUCACGGAGAUCCGGAACACCUGCUUUCCGCACGGGCUGCACCUAAAGGAGCUCAACCUGGCAAGCAACCGGAUCGGCACCCUGGAGUCGGGAGCAUUUGAUGGUCUGUCACGGUCGCUGGUAAUGCUUCGCCUGAGCAAAAACAGGAUCACCCAGCUUCCUAUGAAAGCAUUCAAGUUACCCAGGCUGACACAACUGGACCUGACUAGGAAUCGGAUUCGGGUCAUCGAGGGCCUGACAUUCCAGGGGCUUGACAGUUUGGAGGUGCUAAAGCUCCAGCGAAACAACAUCAGCAAGCUCACGGACGGGGCCUUCUGGGGACUGUCCAGGAUACACGUGCUGCACCUGGAGUACAACGGCCUGGUGGAGGUGAACAGAGGCUGGCUCUACGGCCUCUCGGCCCUGCACCAGCUCCACCUGAGCAGCAACUCCAUCGCUCGCAUUAACCGUGAAGGCUGGAGCUUCUGCCCAAAGCUGCACGAGUUGGUCUUGUCCUUCAAUAAUCUCACCCGCCUGGACGAGGAGAGCCUGGCCGACCUGAGUAGCCUGAGCAUCCUGCGCCUCAGCCACAACUCCAUCAGCCACAUCGCGGAAGGCGCCUUCAAGGGACUCAGAAACCUGCGUGUUCUGGAUCUGGACCACAAUGAGAUUUCGGGCACGAUAGAGGACACCAGUGGCGCUUUUACGGGGCUCGACAGUCUCAGCAAGCUAACUCUGUUUGGAAACAAGAUCAAGUCCGUGGCUAAGAGAGCCUUCUCGGGGCUGGAAGGCUUGGAGCACCUGAACCUUGGAGAGAAUGCAAUCAGAUCUGUCCAGUCUGAUGCUUUUGUGAAGAUGAAGAAUCUCAAAGAGCUCCACAUCAGCAGUGAUAGCUUCUUGUGUGACUGCCAGCUCAAGUGGCUGCCCGCGUGGUUAGUGGGCAGGACGCUGCAGGCCUUGGUGACAGCCACCUGCGCCCACCCAGAAGCGCUGAAGGGCCGAAGCAUCUUCUCUGUGCCGCCCGAGAGUUUCGUGUGUGAUGACCUACCAAAACCACAGAUUAUCACCCAGCCAGAGCCCACCGUGGCCAUCGUGGGCAAGGACAUCCGGUUCACGUGCUCUGCCGCCAGCAGCAGCAGCUCCCCCAUGACGUUUGCCUGGAAGAAGGACAACGAGGCCCUGGCCAACGCCGACAUGGAGAACUUCGCCCACGUCCGUGCCCAGGACGGGAAGGUGAUGGAGUACACCACCAUCCUGCACCUGCGCCAUGUCACGUUCGGACACGAGGGCCGCUAUCAGUGUGUCAUCACCAACCACUUUGGCUCCACCUACUCGCACAAGGCCAGGCUCGUUGUGAACGUGUUGCCGUCCUUCACCAAAAUGCCCCACGACAUUGCCAUCCGGACCGGCACCACGGCCCGCCUCGAGUGUGCUGCCACCGGCCAUCCUAACCCCCAGAUCGCUUGGCAGAAGGAUGGAGGCACGGACUUCCCUGCCGCUCGUGAGCGACGCAUGCACGUCAUGCCCGACGACGACGUGUUUUUCAUCACGAACGUGAAGAUCGAGGACAUGGGGGUGUACAGCUGCACGGCCCAGAACUCGGCCGGCACCGUUUCCGCGAACGCCACCCUGACGGUCUUUGAAACCCCAUCCUUGGUGGCACCCCUAGAGGACCGUGUGGUGUCCAUGGGAGAAACGGUGGCACUCCAGUGCAAAGCAACCGGGAACCCGACGCCCCGCAUCACCUGGUUAAAGGGGGGCCGCCCUCUGAGCCUCACCGAGCGGCACCACUUCACGCCUGGCAACCAGUUGCUCAUCGUCCAGAACGUGGUGGUGGAGGACGCGGGCCAGUACACGUGCGAGAUCUCCAACACCCUGGGCACGGAGCGCGCCCACAGCCAGUUGAGCAUCCGGCCCGCCCCCGGCUGCAGGAAGGACGGGAGCACUGUGGGCAUCUUCACCAUCGCCGUGGUGUGCAGCAUCGUCCUGACGUCCCUGGUCUGGGUGUGCAUCAUCUACCAGACCCGGAAGAAGAGCGAGGAGUACAGUGUCACCAACACAGAUGAAACCAUUGUGCCACCAGAUGUUCCAAGCUACCUCUCGUCUCAGGGGACUCUUUCUGACCGGCAGGAAACUGUGAUCAGGACAGAGGGUGGCCCUCAGGCCAAUGGGCACAUCGAGAGCAACGGUGUUUGUCCAGCGGACACCAGCCUGUUCUCGGAAGUGGAUGCUCAUGGCUCUGCGUGCAGGCAGCCCAAGCUCUGUGUGGGCUGUAACAGGGAACCCUGGAACGUGAUGGAGAAAGCCCGGCGGAGGCCUGGGCCACAGAAGAUGGAGCACGGUGGCUCAGUGGCAUGUGGUGACUGCAGCACGGACACAGACGGUUACUGCAAGGAACAAGCUCUCUAUCUGCCACCUAUGACCAGAGACCAUACACAGCCAGGGACACUAAGCAGCCAGGAGCCCAAUCAGAUGGACCGAGAACAUUCUCUGCCUCAUCUGACCAGUGGGACUGCUGAAGGGUCCCGCACCGACUGCAGGGGGUCCCUCUACCCCAGUAACCACGACAGAAUGCUGACAUCCUUGAAGAAAAAGCCACUGGCACCUGCAGAUGGGAAAGAGGCCUCUUCAUGGACUUUAGCAAGGUUGUGUGAGCCAGACUCCAUAGACCUCCAGCCUCCCUCGACAUUAACUUCAGGCAGUCCUGAGCUCACUGAAGCCGCCAUGGGCUUUCCUGAGGGCUCCAGUGAAGGCCAGCACUUGCUUCUUUCCAACGGACACCUCCCCCAGGCAUGUGACUCCAGCCCCGAGGCCCCAGUGCCGACUGGACAGCCCCCCGGGAAGCGGGGCGUGUCCCUGCUCUUCGCACCGAAAAUCUAGGCUUUGUCUACCUCAGCUCUUAUGCCCGUCUCUACAGGAAAGAGAGGUAGGAGAGGCUGUAAGGAAGCUUGAAUUCAAGCGUCACUGAUGUGUACAGAGUUUUUAAACUUCCAUGUGGAGUGUCCGUGGUUUAAAGGACUUGCAGCUGAAGCGCAGAACUGCAAGAGGCUAUUGUGUACAAAAGCAGAAAAGUAUUUGAUACCCUUGUACAUAAGAGUUUUCAGAGAUUUCCUAUAUAUUAUAUAUCUUUUGC